UGUGUUAAAAUUUAAUUCACGUUGAUUAAUAAGACUUGCGACUUGAAAUGUCAAAUAAGGAUGAUAAAAAAAAAAAAAAAGUUAGGAAUGCCUUGUAAAAUGAGUUUUCAAGUCACAAUUGUAGAAACAAAAAAAAUGUAGUUUUGCUAAGAGUGAAUGUGUGUAUAUAAGGGAACAAUUUUGCACAUCGAUGCAAUGUGUUUAUUGCAAGACUGUCGAUUAAUGAAGAAAGGUCAGUCGGUCAAAUGGUGUACAACUGUGCAGGACAGCAAAACCAUUGUGCGGUAUUGACAUUCAUCAACAGACGAAUGACUGGAUUCUAGUGCAUUUGUGUCAAGUUUAGCUCUCUCAAAGUCAAAGAUUUACACAAUGAGCGACUCAGGUGUAAUUGACAAGAUUGGUGCAAGUUUGUCUCCUUCCAGUAAUGGAAAAUCAUUUCAUGAAUUCGAUCACAUAAACUUAACAAAUCACGUGCUAGAUAAAUCAGAGAAUAAGAUUAGUAUGAGGAAAAAUUUAUCUACCGGAGCAUUUUCUCAAGAAACUAAGCCUGAAGGCAAAGUACUUGUCUUGUACACUGGAGGAACUAUUGGGAUGGUCAGAAAUAAAGAUGGAGCCCUGGUACCCAUAGCCAAUGCUUUUGUUAAAACUCUCAGGAAAUACCCUAAUUUACACGACAAACAGUAUGCUGAAGCAAGAUUUGGACCAAUGGGGCCUCUUGUGUUACCAAUGACUGACACUGACUCAAGAAGAAUAAUUUACGAUGUUCAAGAAUAUUCACCUCUAUGUGAUUCUAGUAACAUGAGAAUGGAUGAUUGGAUAAAAAUAGCAUGUGAUGUGAAGGAAUCUUACGAACACUUUGAUGGUUUUGUUAUUUUACAUGGCACUGACACAUUAAGCUACACAGCUUCAGCACUGUCCUUUAUGCUCGAGGCACUGGGAAAAAUCGUUGUAUUGACUGGUUCACAAGUGCCAAUUUUUGAUACUAGAAGCGACGGUCUUGAUAAUUUUGUAACGUCCCUCGUCAUCGCAGCCAAUUAUAAUAUUCCUGAAGUCUGUAUUUUUUUUGGAUGCCGUCUGAUGAGAGGAAAUCGCACAACAAAGUCGUCCGUCACAGCAUUUGAUGCUUUUCAUUCACCCAAUGCUGCACCUCUUGCAACUGCUGGUGUAAAGAUAGAUGUGGAUUAUCGCUCGAUUUUCCGAACGUGCAUCUUAGAAAAAUUUCACGUGCAUACAACGUUAAAUAAAAAUGUUGGUUUAUUGCGCCUAUUUCCCAGUAUUACCGCCGAACUGAUAAGAGCUUUUUGUUCGAAUCUGGAGGGUGUAGUUUUGCAAACUUACGGUGCAGGUAACGUACCGUCGAAUCGACAGGAUAUAAUAGAAGAAUUUAAAUCGGCAGCAGACCGAGGAGUGAUUAUUGUAAACAUCACUCAGUGCGUGGAAGGUAGCGUAUUAUCAAUGUACGAGGCAGGCACAAUAUUAGAAAAUGCUGGAGUGAUAUCGGGUUUCGACAUGACUCCAGAGGCAGCUCUUACAAAGCUCUCAUACAUACUGUCCAAGUCAGAAUGGGACACGAAGACAAAGCGCUCAAUGAUGGAAACGAGUCUACGGGGCGAAUUGACUGCUGGCAGAUCGAUUGCUCUUCAAGAUUGGGAUUUAGUCGAUGCUGUUGGACGAUCAUUGCGAAUAAGCUCACCGGCCGAGUUCAAAGAGCUGGGCUCCAUUCUUUUUCCCGCUAUGAUGAACGCUGCAGUUAUGGCCAAAGAUAUCUCAAAACUCACGUCACUAAAAGGAUAUGGAGCAGAUAUAUCGCAAACAAAUGCCGAUAACAGAACAGCCUUGCACGUUGCUUGCUGCGAAGGCGAUAUCUCAGUUGUUCGUUAUCUCUUGAAGAUGGGAGCUAAUGUUCACAUUAAAGAUCGAUUUAAUCGCACACCGUUGACGGACGCCAUAGAACACGAUUAUCACGAGAUGAUAAAGUUAUUACGCCAGUGUGGUGCUCAUUUGCACGAACGUGGAUCAAAAAUUGGUGAGCGUUUGUGUGCAGCAGCAGCCGUAGGUAACGAGAAGCGCCUGGUCUCGUAUCACAUAGCUGGCGCCGAUCUCUCUCAGCCAGAUGUAUCGGGCAGAACGGCUUUGUACGUGGCUGCGCUACACGGGUAUACUACCGCCGUGCAGCUUCUCUUAGAACAUGGUGCUGAUCCACAAGCAAGUGACAUGCUCAAACAAACAGCCCUGGACGUUGCUCAAAAACCGGAAGUCAAAAAACUCAUCGCUGACUACAUGAAGGUUUGAAAGUUA